UUUUAGUUCUAUGCUUCAUUUAUUACGUUAAGGAAUACUUGAAAUGUUUAAUACAAAAAUGAGUUUAAUUAAAUUAUUAGUUUGUUUGGUUUCAAUAAUAAAUUUAAGUUCGUGUUUAAAAUGUUACAUCUGUGAGAUUGAAAAUUGCGGUGAUCCUUUUGAAAAAGAAUCUGGAAAAUUAAUGGAGUGUAGAAUUUUUAAUAAUAUUAUAUCUAAAAAUAAUCAAACAGAAAAUACUGCAAAUGAAACAAUGACAAAUCUAUUACUACAAAAUAAUACUAAUCAAACUCCAAUUGAUGGAAUAACUCUAGAUUGGUCCUGCAUAAAAUCUGUUCAUAUGGAUAAUGAUCAAGAAGUUGUGACUCGUGGGUGUAUUAUUCGUGAUAUGCAAUACUGCAAAAUUCUCGAGGAACUCGAUAAAUUACUAAAGACUUGCACCACUUGUUAUGAUGAUGGAUGCAAUGCAGCUCAAUAUUUAGGAUUAUCCAGAUUCGUUUUAAUAAUUUCGAUAUCCGCUGUCAGCCUAUUUUAUUGGUUUCAUUAGAUAUUAUUAAAAUAUUAUUGUAUUGUAUUGUAUGAAACAAAAAUUUCCUUUGUAUAAUUAUUACAUUUUUUACUUGUUCCAAUUAAUUAUAUUUUUAUUGUUUGUAUUAUGCAUCUUAACAUUUAAAAUUUUUUUUAAACAUUGGAGUAUAGACUCCACAGAACAUACAAUAAAACUUUUUUAAAG